AUGCAGACGAUCAAAUGCGUAGUUGUUGGAGAUGGUGCUACUUGCUUGUUAAUUUCAUACACAACCAACAAGUUUCCUAGUGAAUAUGUGCCGACCGUGUUCGACAAUUAUGCUGUGACGGUUAUGAUAGGUGAUGAUCCAUAUACAUUGGGCUUAUUCGAUACAGCUGGUCAGGAGGAUUAUGACCGACUUCGCCCUCUAUCAUAUCCACAAACCGACGUAUUCCUUGUUUGUUUCAGUGUAACAUCGCCGGCUUCCUUUGAAAACGUCAAAGAGAAAUGGUUCCCUGAAGUGCACCAUCACUGUCCAGGUGUUCCCUGUCUCAUCGUUGGAACACAAAUCGAUCUUCGGGACGACGGUCAGGUUAUAGACAAACUUGCAAGGCAAAAACAGAAACCAGUGAUGGGCGAGCAAGGCGAACGGCUCGCCCGGGAGCUUGGAGCCGUGAAGUAUGUUGAAUGUUCAGCGCUGACGCAGAAGGGCUUAAAGAACGUGUUCGAUGAGGCUAUCGUCGCUGCCCUUGAACCUCCAGUCGUUAAGCACAGAAAAACCAAAUGUGUCGUCGUUUAA